CGAAUAAGAUCUGAUACGAGUAUGCGAUCUUUAUAUUUUUUCGCGAGUAAAAAAGUACGAACCAUCAACGGCGUACUAUCUCGAGUACAAUUUAUAAAGAAUAUAAGGCGUGGUAUCAUCAAUUAUACCCCAAGAUUAAGCAGUAUAUAUACGUAUACAUGAUUUAUCCUCCAUCUUGGCAACAGCUGCUCACGAAUCUAACCUCAAUCGCAUUAGGAGAUCAUACACAAAACCGUCGUCACCGAAGCCACCUACAUACGCUCGAUAAACAUCAUUUUCGUGGGCAAUCCGGGCAUUAAUGAAUCUUUAGUUCCAACCACAGGCUAGCUCCAAAGGCAGCAAUAACAUCAGGAUGGCUCUCACCUUCCAGCAAAUAAUUCUGGACGCCGGCAAGCUGGUGAGCGAGAUAACGACGCAGGAGAACACCGCCGACGUCUUGAUAUGCGAGAUUCAGUCUGUCUGUAGUCAGAUUGACAGCAUGAAGCAGUACCAAGAAGACAUCGAGACAUUGAAUGCUGCGACAACCAACCAGAAGCCGCGUCAAGAGAUCAUUGCUGGAUUUCAAAAAGGAAAUAAUGGCUACUUCAGAGAAUUACAAGCAGAAAACAAGGAUCUCCGACUGGCUCUGGAGGACUACCAAAAAGCCUUAGAACAGAUAAUGUCGAAAUACAGGCAACAAACAGCUUAUUUUCUGAAGCAGACAAAAAAGAAUUACACUGCCAUUCCAAGCAGCAAAUGCUGUCCUGAGUACAACCAAUGUAAAUGUGUAGAUAUAAUAGGUUCACAAGCUGAGAAGAUCACUGAAAUGGCAGCUGUCAUGCGAACCGCUGCCGAGAUCGACGAGGAGAGCGAGAUGAAGUACGUCGAGACAUUAGGCCGUUUGAAAGAGGAGAACAUCGGUUUGCGAGAAAUCCUGGACAUGGCCAACAAAUACGGUAGCCCGAAGAGCGAAACGGUCGUCGAAAGCAAAACGGUGCAAACUGAGGAGAUGUAAAUCUGAAUAUACAGCAAUUUUUUACUAACAAAUGUGAUAUCCGCUGAAUGAUUAACUUCGUUUGCAUUAUUAUUAUUAUUAUUAUUAUAUCGUCGGUUAUCACGAGAAAACACACAAAAGUAGUUUUGUCAAAGCAAUCUUGUCGAUGCUACACCUAGUAAUAACAACGUAAUGCAAUUUAAUAUAUUGAAAGAAGGCUCUUUGUUAUUUAUUGUAAACUUUUUGAAUUUCUUCGUUUACGUUACGUAUUAUAGCGAUAAUCACACGUACAGGUUUGAAUGUAUAUAUUAAUGUUUUGCGUCAAACCAGAGACAAGACAAAGUCUUCGUCCGCAAUGAGUUACAUGUAUACCUGCGCCGGGAGAGCACACAAGGAUUCAUGUGCGACGCAGGCAUAUGGAUGGCGCCACUUUACACGUUGUAUCACUCUUUACCAAGCAUAAACUUCUUUUUACACAAGUUUUACCGUUGAAGUUUGCAAAAAAAGCGCGCGCGCGCGCGUGUGUGUAUUAAAAGCUAACAAAAGUAAUAAAUAAGUACACAUUAAAAAAAAAA